CAGCGCCACAUUACACACAUUCACACAGACCGUUUAAAUCUCCACUGGACUUCAGUGUUCUCAGAGCGUCACGCAUUCUCAACCCAACGGCAGAGAGAGAAGCACCUGGGAAGACUCGUCUACAUCAGGUUUUAUUGGAUCUCAAAUUUGGAAAAUCAGCUGAUUUGAGGAGAUCAGGGUUACCAUUUCAACCACAGAGGAAUGAAAGGAAUCAACUCAAUGAUCAUCAUCGACGAAAGGAAAGAAAACAAAGAGGAGCCACAGCUGCCAGUUAAAGACACCAGUGGCAAGCUGGCAGGCCAAGAAAAAAAUCCAGAGGUUCAGCAUGGGGUCCAGCACUGGGAGAAGCAGGUGAAUGGUGACGGCCCCUUAGACUCCCCCACCAAUGACAAAACGGUGCGAGCCGAGCUGGACUGGACGGUGCCCAUGUGUGUGCAUCUGCCCAUUGAAGUUCUGAACCCUGACCAGGCUUUUCCAUUCCUGAACACUACACUUGCUGACCUCGGCAUUGAAGAAUCAGCGGUGAAGGAGCGCGUGGUGUGGGUGGACACUAAGCGCACACGGGUGAAGGGGAAGUCAGGGAAGCUGAAGAAGGAGAAGGAAGUGAUCGUUCUGGAGGUUCGUGUGAAAGCGCAGCAUCCCGGAGAACGUCAGAGUCAGGAGGUUCUCUACAGCACCGAGUCCCACACCGACCGCUCCUUCUGCAGAAGCGGGGUGGACAUCCUCCCGUGGAGACACACACAACCAGCGGAAAAUGAACUCGAGCCGGUGGAAAUGACUCUGGCCUCGGACACAGUGUCACAGUCCAAGCCCAAAUGGCAGAAGACAGAAGAAAAACGAGACUUGCCAAGCGAGGAGUGAUUGGAAGGCGUUUGACAGCUAGGCUAAAGCAAUCUAACACCUUACACGACACAGAAGACUAUUCCCAAUUCAGGUUCUGGACGUUUUAAACUUGUGCAAGAGUCUAAAUUUGAUGUGCUAUGCUGCAAGUGAAGGAUUCUGCAUUUUAUUUAUAUUAGGUGGCUGUUUAACUAAAGUUGUGUGGGUAAUAUUCUACUAAAAAAGGUUUCAAUCUCUUGCUAUUUUUGUAUUUUAGAAUAAUCAGCAUACAUUUCAUCAGUGACUGCUUUACCUA